CUGGAAUUCCUUUUGCUUCUGCACCGGGGUCUAUGUGAAGACAGCCCUUUGCCAAUUGAGUCCCUGGAGCUCGGGUUUUUGUGUUGCUGGGGGUUUUUUUUGUCUCUCCUCCAAACAAGAGCAGUCAAGAUGGAUUUCUCCAAGCUCCCAAAAAUCCGCGAUGAAGACCGAGAGGCCGCAUUCGGCUACGUCCAUGGGGUCUCAGGACCGGUGGUCACUGCCUGCAACAUGUCGGGCGCAGCUAUGUACGAGCUGGUUCGAGUUGGCCACAGUGAACUCGUGGGAGAGAUCAUCCGGCUGGAGGGCGACAUGGCGACAAUCCAGGUGUACGAGGAAACCUCUGGCGUUUCUGUAGGAGACCCUGUCCUGCGCACCGGCAAACCUCUUUCGGUGGAGCUUGGGCCCGGCAUCAUGGGAGCAAUUUUUGAUGGCAUCCAAAGGCCUCUCACAGACAUCAGCUCUCAGACCCAAAGUAUCUACAUCCCUAGAGGAAUAAACGUGACCGCUCUCAGCAGAGACCUCAAGUGGGAUUUUGCACCUGUCAAAAAUCUGCGGGUUGGCAGUCAUAUCACCGGUGGCGAUAUUUAUGCCCUGGUAAAUGAAAAUUCCCUCAUCAAGCACAAGAUCAUGCUGCCUCCACGGAACAGGGGCACAGUGACGUAUAUCGCCCCUCCUGGAAACUAUGACGCCUCUGAUGUUGUGCUGGAGCUGGAAUUUGAGGGGAUAAAGGAGAAGUUCACGAUGAUUCAGGUGUGGCCAGUGCGGCAGGUCCGCCCCGUCACCGAGAAGCUUCCUGCCAAUCAUCCUCUCCUCACUGGCCAGAGAGUCCUGGAUGCACUCUUUCCGUGUGUCCAAGGAGGUACGACAGCUAUUCCCGGAGCUUUUGGCUGUGGAAAGACCGUGAUUUCGCAGUCUCUGUCCAAGUAUUCGAACAGCGAUGUGAUCAUCUACGUUGGCUGCGGGGAACGAGGCAACGAAAUGUCUGAAGUGCUCAGAGACUUCCCAGAGCUGACUAUGGAAGUCGACGGGAAGGUGGAGAGCAUUAUGAAGAGGACCUCUCUCGUGGCAAACACCUCCAACAUGCCCGUGGCUGCCAGGGAAGCCUCCAUCUACACUGGGAUUACCCUGUCUGAGUAUUUCCGGGACAUGGGUUACCAUGUCAGCAUGAUGGCGGAUUCCACAUCCCGAUGGGCAGAGGCCCUCAGAGAAAUUUCUGGGCGUCUAGCCGAAAUGCCUGCUGACAGUGGUUAUCCGGCCUACCUUGGUGCCCGUCUGGCUUCCUUCUACGAACGGGCUGGCAGAGUGAAGUGUCUGGGGAACCCCGAGAGGGAAGGGAGCGUCAGUAUUGUUGGAGCUGUAUCUCCUCCUGGUGGUGACUUCUCUGACCCAGUUACCUCUGCUACGCUGGGCAUCGUUCAGGUGUUCUGGGGCUUGGAUAAGAAGCUCGCUCAGCGGAAGCACUUUCCAUCUGUCAACUGGCUGAUCAGCUACAGCAAGUACACGCGUGCCCUGGACGAGUAUUAUGACAAGCACUUCCCAGAGUUUGUCCCUCUGAGGACCAAAGCCAAAGAGAUCCUUCAGGAAGAGGAAGACCUUGCAGAGAUCGUACAGCUGGUGGGAAAGGCUUCCUUGGCUGAAACGGACAAGAUUACGCUGGAAGUUGCCAAGCUCAUUAAAGACGACUUCCUGCAACAGAACGGCUACACCCCGUAUGACAGAUUCUGCCCAUUCUACAAGACUGUCGGGAUACUGUCCAAUAUGAUCGCUUUCUAUGACAUGGCACGUCGAGCGGUGGAAACCACGGCCCAGAGCGACAACAAGAUUACCUGGUCCAUCAUCAGAGAGAACAUGAAUGAGAUUCUCUACCGACUCUCCUCUAUGAAAUUCAAGGACCCAGUGAAAGACGGGGAGGCAAAAAUCAAAGCCGACUAUGCCCAGCUGUUUGAAGAUAUGCAGAAUGCCUUCCGCAGUCUGGAAGACUAGAGCCGUGACUCCUGCCCGGAGCCCUUCUUGACUGUAUUCUUCAUCUCUGCCCUCUUGCUUUUCCAUGGAUAGAAGAGGAAGAUCUACGUUUCCCCGAAGACUACUUUUAUCUCAACAAACAUUCCUGUUUAGUUUCAUAGCUUUGAAGUACAUGUGUGUGUGCGUGUGUGUGAGUCUGAGCUUGAAAGCGUAAAGCAGGUUCUGUAAACAUCGGAAGCUUCCUCGACACCUUGACUGACGGGAGAGAGCCAAGAGAAUGCCGUUGGGCGAAAGCUUUCUCCUGAGAUAAUAUCCACACUUGUGGAUGGGUGGUGUAAGGGCAGUAGAAUCAGUUUCCAUACUAACCGCUGUGCAUUUGUGGCUGUUUAGACGCUUUAGAGAUAGCACCGAUCAACUGCAUUUCAGUAAUGAGUCGCCACCGUGGAAAAGCCAGGUUUGAAGUACUUGGCGGUAAUAUUCUUUCAGCGCCUCACAGUCUGUUUCGGCAGGUGGGCUGAAAAUCUGUAGGGGUGGAGCUGCUGGGUAAAGUGGGAGCGCACAUACGGUAUCCCGGGGACCCGUCCUUCACUGUCUCAGGAAAUGUAGCUUGUUUAUCUAGAAGUACUUCUAAGAAUGGGAUUGCACUUGUUAAUCAAAAAUUGUAGUCGAUCUGAACUAUAAGAGGGCACCUUGGACAAUGUGUCUGAGUGAUGCUUGGUCAUUUUUCUUCCUCUUGCAUGUGACGAAACUAUAGCAGGAAGCCGGUUCUGCCCCCCGCAAUGUUUACUUUCUAUCUAGCACGGUCACCAAGGGAAUGUUGGCCCCUAAUACUUGAUUUCUGCUCACUGGAGCACUGUAUGUUGGCCUUCCUAGCGCAAGAUCUGCAAGACCCAGAGGAGACUGCGUUCUCUUAGCUUCCGGUGUCGGCGGUGAACGGUUUCUUGCUUCACGGUCACUGCUUGCUGUGCAGUUACAGGGCCUGUGUUUAGUCAGUCUCAUGAAGGAGAAAGGGAAGCUCGGGGGCAGGGGUCCUCACAAAACAUCCUGGCAUCAACGCCUCGUUCUCUCUCUCUUAUUUAAGAGUCCCUAGCGGGCACUAGCUAUUGUCAAUUCUGGAAGGAUCCCUUACACAAUCAUAAAUACCCCCGCCCCGCAGACACACACACAGUGCAACAUUUUGAAUAGGGCUGAUGCUAACGGUGACGGGGAUUGCAGAACAGCUAAGAUGGCAGGGUUUUGUACCCCAGGCAGCAAUUGGCGACAAAGGAACUAUCUCCCUCCGCCCCAUUUAUGGCCAUUUCAGUGGGGUUGCUUUAGUUAUGGACCAAGGCUACUGCAGUUUCAUGCGACCCCAGCUCAAUCAAGACCUGGAGUCCGGCAGAAACAUUCAGUGUUUUUCUCCGAAAAAAAGCCCUCCGCUUGUCCUCUGCGUAGAAUUGAACUAUCCUUAUCAUGCGGUUUACAAACAGUGGUGUGCAGAAGACGAGUGCAGAGCUAUCCCGCUAAAAACUCUUUCGACUGUGCUGUCACCACUGUACUGUGUUGUAGCGUUUCGUGCAUAGGGAACAGAUCAUGUGGAUAUUUAAAAACUUUACAGCGAAGUUCUACCAAUGCAGCUAUUUAUUUGUGCUGUACCAAGCCCAGGAGCGGCCAGUUCAGUUUCGUGUAUAUACGUAUAUCUAUUUUUUUUCCGUCCGUUUUGUGUUUGACUGUGUUGCUGCAAACUCUUUGGUCCAUAGAAGAGUGGGAGGAAUAAGAGGUCGGGCGAACGCAACUCUUCUCUGUAUAGUACAGUGUCACUAGCAGUUGUGUAAAUUUGUUCAGGUGACAUGGAAUUAAAAAUUGGAUUUAAAA